CGCGUACGUAAGCAAAGUAGCUUGGCAAUCGAUGACUCACUUUCCAGAGGUUCACUCUGACGGGUUGCAGAACUUGGUUAUCCUGUAAAUGUCUACCGCCGCAAGCUCACGAUCGUUCAAGUUGGCACUUGUUCAAUUGCUGGUUACGUCCAGCAAAGAGGCAAACCUUCGAAACGCUCGCUCCAAAGUUCUUGAAGCUGCAAAAAAUGGUGCAAACGUCGUUGUUUUGCCAGAGUGUUUUAACUCUCCAUACGGUACCCAAUACUUUCCUCAAUAUGCCGAGCCCCUUGAGAACAGUCCAUCGUCCCGCGCCUUGCAGGAAAUGGCUAGAGACGCAAAGGUCUACCUAAUCGGUGGGUCAUUUCCUGAGGAGAAGGAGAAAAAGUAUUAUAACACUUGUACAAUAUGGGAUCCGAAGGGUGAACGACUGGGUGUCCAUAGAAAGAUCCAUCUCUUCGAUAUUGACGUUCCGAACAAGAUCACAUUCAAGGAAUCUGAAAUACUUUCCCCCGGAUCAUCCCCGACAUCAUUUUUGACACCAUGGGGAAGAAUUGGAGUAGGCAUCUGUUACGAUAUUCGGUUUCCUGAACUGGCCAUGAUUGCUGCGAGAAAGGGUUGCGUGGCUAUGAUAUAUCCUGGAGCUUUUAAUAUGACGACUGGACCAUUGCAUUGGGAACUUCUUCAACGCGCUCGUGCCGUUGACAAUCAAAUCUAUGUCAGCGCAUGUUCUCCUGCCCGUGAUCCCAACUCUUCCUAUAUUGCUUGGGGCCACUCUACAGUCGUUGAUCCACUGGGUGUCGUCGUCGCUACAACGGAUGAAAAAGAAAGCAUUACUUAUGCCGAUAUUGAUUUGGAAAAGAUUGAUGAAGCUCGACAGAAUAUUCCCGUGACCUCGCAGAGGAGGUUCGAUGUAUAUCCGGAUGUGAGUGCAGGAAAUUGAUAGUUCGUAUAGGUUCACUGUUAGGAUCAAUGUAGUUAUUAUGUAGAGUGUGCUUAUGUAGAAUGGUAAUGGAAGCUUUGCAGCUCAUUCUGUAAAAUUGUGUACUAUUCCUGACGUGAAGCAGAACAGAGUGACGAAAAUACAUUAACGGCAUAUAUGCCUAAAUAAACCAAUGUAAUAAAGAAUAAAACCUAAUCAUCUCGUCGCUUGAAGAAUCUAAACUGAA